UCUUACUAUUUUAUUUAGUAUAUAUAUAAGACACAUUGUACAAUCAUUUUAAAGACAAAUAAAUAACAUAAUAUAACAUGUAUAUCAAAUGAAAAAGUAGAAGAUAUAAUAGAAUUUGGAAUCGAAAAUCCAAUUUAUACAUAUAGUCCCCAUGGGGCAACCAAGGAGAAUAUGCAUUGGCAUGAUAAGCGGAGGAGGGUACUCAAGCAUUUGCUUGCUUGACGCAAACUUUUACCAGAAAGGAACCCAAUCUGCAUGCUAAUAAGGUCCAACAUGCAAUAUUCAUGAUCAGGAACGGAGUCCCACUCCCCCAUCAAAGUCAACCACAUAUUAAAUAAGAAGAGGCUCCCCGAUAAGGGGUAUAAUGCCAACAAUCAUGGUGGAUGCUACUCAGAACACCUGCCUCACCGACUCCACCAAAGUUAUUGAUAGCUAUCUCCCCUUUCCUUAUUCUCAACUCUUACUGCCUCUUGCUUUAUUCUUGAUUGUUUACUUCUUUUCUUCCAAAUCCCAUUCUGUUUACCUGAUCGACUUCUCUUGCUAUCUACCGCCGGCCCAUCUUCGCGUCUCGACUGCCAAGUUUAUCGAACAUUUUGAAAUAUGUGGUAUUCAUGAGAGGGAGGCCAUCGAUUUCCAGGCUAAAGUGGGUGAAAGGUCGGGUAUCGGGUCCGAGGCUUGCCUCCCUCUUUCGGUGCAUCAAAUUCCACCUGAUAAAUCUCUCAGCCGGACCCGAGAAGAAACAGAAACCAUUCUUUUUGCAGUGGUAGAAGAUCUCCUCAGUAAACAUAACGUAAAUCCCAAGAACAUUGAUAUACUCGUAACCAACUGCAGCAUAUUCUGCCCCACACCGUCCAUUGCAGCUAUGAUCAUAAACAAGUUUGGACUCAGAAGCAAUGUCAAGAGUGUGAGCCUAAGUGGAAUGGGGUGCAGUGCUGGGCUAGUGGCCGUUGGUUUAGCCAAAGACUUGCUGAGAGUCCAUCGGAACUCAUUGGCUCUGGUUCUCAGCAUGGAAGCAGUAACUCCGAGUGGUUAUAGGGGUCGAAACAAGUCCAUGCUUUUAGCCAACGCAUUGUUCCGAAUGGGAGGGGUCGCUGUGUUACUGUCGAACAAGAAGCAGGACAAACUGAAAGCGAAAUACAGACUACGAUAUCUCUUCAGAACACACAUGGGUUCGGAUGAUCAAUCUUACCAGUCUGUUUUCGAACAAAGUGAUGAUGCUGGGGAAGUUGGAGUUUCACUGUCAAGAUCCCUUAUACAUGUCGCAGGACAUGCCCUGAAAAAAAAUAUAACAGAGUUAGGCCCGUAUGUUUUACCAAUUUCUGAGCAGCUCCUCUAUGGACGGUCAAUCAUUCGUAGCAAGAUUUGCAGUUCAACAAUAAAGAAGGAAAUAUACAUACCGAACUUCAAGAAGGCGUUAGAGCAUUUCUGCAUACAUGCGGGUGGAAGAGCAGUCAUUGAUGCUGUGGAGGAGAGGCUGAGACUGAAUAAAGAAGAUGUCGAAGCAUCCAGGAUGACUCUUCAUAGAUUUGGGAAUACUUCUUCCUCUUCUGUCUGGUAUGAAUUAAGCUAUCUGGAGGCAAAAGGCAGGAUCAAGAAACGCGAUAGGGUGUGGCAAAUUGCAUUUGGCAGUGGCUUCAAAUGCAAUAGUGCAGUUUGGGAAUGCAUUUCAGAACUUGAUUCUAGUACAAGAAACGCAUGGUCAGAUGAUAUACAUUUGUACCCUGUUAUGGUACCAGAUGUUGCUGAUCACUAAUGUUACUGUAGAUAACUGUCAUUACAUAUUUCUCAUGCAACAUUUAAUUUUCUAUAGAUGCUAUAUCUACUUGGUCAUUACUUC